AUGGAAGGGCAGGAUGCCUCAUAUGAAGUCGCUGUCGAUGUCGACGGCGGCAUCUGCGCCUUGUCAUACAAGGAGCUCGAUAGCACGCAGAUCAUAAAGUCAGUCGGCGAUGAUGCCGCAGGGGCGAUUACCGUCUUCAUUGGGACAACAAGGAAUUCGUUUGGAGGCAAGGUGGUCACUCGUCUGGAGUACCAAGCGUAUUCAAAACUGGCAAUCAAGACCAUGGUAAAGAUCGUGCAAGAUGCUAGGAACUUGAUCAGCCGUUCGGACCACCAGCCACCUUCUCAGAAUAUUUCGUCGCUCAUCCGAUGUGCUGUACACCACCGUCUCGGAGUAGUGCCAGUCGGAGAGCCUUCCAUUGUAAUCGCGGUUUCGUCGCCUCACCGAAAAGAGGCAUUCGUUGCAUGUGAGUAUAUCCUAGAAGAAGUGAAGAAGAAAGCCCAGAUAUGGAAGAGGGAGUAUUACGAAGGCGAAAGUGACGCUAACGCACAAUGGAAGAGCAACGUAUAG